AAAAAAAUAAAUAUAUAUUAAUAUAUAUAUUGUUCUUCGUCACCGGCACAAACUGGUAUAUAUGGGGAUUUACAAUCCCCUGUGUGUAUGUGUUUUCUCUCUCAUCUUCACGGUUAUCUGCCACCAUCGUCCAUCCGUGGCUUUUCAAGGGGGUAUUGCUAAUUCGACCAAGGCAGCGGCGGCGGCGCCGCCGCCUACGGCGGUGGAAUCGAGGAUUGCGCCGUUCAAGCCCGGGAUAGCGGCGAUUGUAGGAAUAAUCACAACCAUAUUCGCGAUGACGUUUUUGUUGCUUCUGUACGUGAAGCAUUGCAAGAGGUCCGGCUACGCGGCCGACGGUUCGGCCUCCUACGGCGGCGGCGGGGGCCACCGUCUCUCUCGGAGGAACUCCGGGAUCAAUAGGAAGGUGAUAGAAUCGCUGCCGUUGUUCCGGUUCUCGUCGCUGAGGGGGCAGAAGGAGGGCCUGGAAUGCGCGGUUUGCCUCAACCGGUUCGAGGCGGAGGAGGUUCUCCGGCUGCUGCCGAAAUGCAAGCACGCAUUCCACGUCGAGUGCGUGGACACGUGGCUCGACGAGCACUCCACGUGCCCCCUCUGCCGGUACAGGGUCGACCCGGAGGACAUCCUCCUCGUCGUCGACGGCGGCGGCGGAGCGCUCUACAACCACUGCGGCGGCGGCGAUACGCCGCGCGGCAGCGCUAGCAGCAGAAAGGGGAAGGAGCACGCGAACCCUAGAAUCUCCGGGCGGCACUCGUCCGCCGGCGAGAGGAGCGGCUCCCUGGAGGUCAUAGUGGAGAAUCCGAAUCCGAACCCGAUGCCGAGAGAGGAUUUCCGGGGGAGAAUUUCGUUGGACAGCUGGAAAUCAACGAGGCGGAAAACAGGGGACCAGGUUUCGAGGAGCAAAUCGCUUGACAGCUGGAAAACAGCGGCGGCGGGGGGAGGGAGGAGGUCGAAAUCGGCGAGGAAAGACGGGCAGCUGCCGGUGAAGGCGGUGGAGCACAGGGUGGAGCACCGGAUAAUAAUAUCCGGAGGAGGAGGGGAGGGGGUGGAGGAGGGGCAGAGGAGGUGGAGCGACGUGGAGGCGGCGGCGGAAUUGCUGUACUUGGGGUCGGAGAUGCUGAUUGGAGAAGAGAGUGGCAGAAGCGUAAUAAAGGGGAGAAGCGUGUCGGAAAUAACAGGGGUGAGUAGGUACAGAAGUAAUAAUGGGAAAGAGGAGAGAGAAAGAAUGGUGGAGGAAGGUGUUGUUAAGAGGUGGUUGGCUUGGAUUUCUCAUUCCCAACACCCACCUCCUUCUUCUUCCAAUCUUACUCAUGAAUAAUUUUUUCAUUUUUCAAAUUUUUUUUUCUUGAUUUUAUUUCAAGAUAAUUGUUUUUAGCACAUUCUUAAGUAUCUCCAAUUACAUUCUUUUUAGUCCAUAGUGAAUGUUCGAUUUUGCUGGUCUACGAGAUGCUACAUUUUGAUGAAAA